GACCUCGGAUUCAGGUUUUACAUCAUUUCGUUGUUGGUUCUGUGUCUUUGCUGGGGUUUUUGGUUCUGGAAUACGGAGGGGGGGAAGGAUGUUUUCUCAGUAAUAGGUCACAUUGACAUUGGACAGAAAAGAUAUCUUCGUUUUUAGGAAUUUUCAGCCUGGUUUCCGGUUCUUAAUCUGGAUUUGGUGAAAAGGAGGAAACUCGGCCGUCGUGGUGUGGAAAAGAUAGGAUCUUUGUUUUCGUUGAUCCGAGGUGUUUUUUCAGCGAUAACUAGGCCUUUUGUCAUACAGUUUGAAGGAGCAAUAGUUCUUCGUUAGUUCAAUCUGCAAUUUGUUUGUUCAAAUAUUUGAUUUGUUGACUAUUUGUGGCUCAGGCAAUAGAGUUUGAAUUUUUCUAGUUAUGUCCGUGUGAUCUGUUUCUGUGUUGAUGAUUGGCUUCGCUCCCUUUUCUUUUUGUCCAGGGGCAAAGAUCGCAUUAGAAGCAGCACAGAUUUGAUGGGGGAAGAGGCACCUGAGUAUGUUCUGAACAGCUUGGAGCUUGCAGCUUGCGAUUCUGAAUCCACAGGCUGCCGGACGGCUACCAUUGUUGGUAAUAAGAUGUAUGUAGUUGAAGGAUCCGAGGAUGGAAGCAAGUCAUGGAUCAACGUCAAAAUUUUUGACAAGCUAACAAGAUCAUGGGUGUUUCCUACUGUAUUGGGUAUCAAACCUGUCCAACUGAAAGGCCACUCAACUCUUCUUUUGAAGAAUGGACAGCUAUUGAUUGUCAAGAUGGAUUCUACGUUGGACGGUUGCAUCUGGUUUCUUGAGGUGGAUAGCCCUUUUGUUAAAGAGCAAAAGAAGAUACUUGGAACUGAGGUAGUUGCCUGGAGUAAGGGUGUCAUUGGCAAUGCCCCAAAACCAAUUGUGAUCAGUGGUCCUUCUGGAGUCGGUAAAGGUACUUUGAUAAACAAACUUAUGAAGGAAUUUCCAUCGAGAUAUGGGUUUUCUGUAAGUCACACAACUCGAGCACCAAGAGAGAAGGAAUUGGAUGGAGUUCAUUACCACUUCACAGAGCGAAGUAUUAUGGAGAAAGAUAUAAGAGAUGGGAAGUUUCUUGAAUUCGCAUCAGUUCAUGGAAAUCUUUAUGGGACAAGCAUUGAAGCAGUUGAAGUUGUUACAGACUCUGGAAAGAGAUGCAUCCUUGACAUUGAUGUUCAAGGAGCUAGAUCCGUAAGGGCAAGUUCUCUUGAUGCAAUAUUUAUCUUCGUUACUCCUCCAUCAUUUGAGGAACUUGAGAAGCGGCUGCGUGCACGUGGAACAGAAACUGAGGAACAGGUCCAGAAGAGACUAAGAAAUGCCAGAGCAGAGCUUGAUGAAGCAAAAUCUCCUGGUCUUUUCAAUCAUAUUUUGGUAAAUGAUGACCUAGAAUCAUGUUAUGAGAAUCUUAAGAAAUUACUUGCUUCAGAUGAAACUGCUGAUCCUUUAUAUCAGUCAUCUGUGAAGAUCUUGAAAGCCCAUGUGUCCGGAAUGGAAUCAAAAGCAGAUCAUAGAACUCUUAUACAUUGUAGCGCUAGCGGCACCAAUGCAGCAACACAUAGUUUGCUUAUGCUUGACACGUCAUCACUUAAAGGAGGGGCUCCUGGCCGAACAAGAGGACUCGGUGUAUAUGCACUUGGAUCCCUAGGUGAUGGUCUUAACGGGAUCUGACAACUAUGACAUUUUAUGAGUUAGGAAAGCAGAAGAAGGUAUCUGCACUAGCACUGACUCGAUUUUGGAAUGAUUUAGACUAUUUUACAGAGUUGUUAGUAUUUAAGCUCUUACACUGAGAAAUAUGUUCUUCUGGUAAAAUUUGCAUUCGGGUAGGUGCUCCUAUGCUCUGUAAGGGUGAAGAACUUUAGCCGGGCAUUGUUUGCGGAAUUGGGAUUCUAUGGACCAGCUUUAUGUCCUCCUCAUUCAUCGGAGAUAAUUUGAAUGUCUAUUUGUUCAAUAUUGUUUGAAGGUGACUUUAGUUUGUUUAAGAUGAGAGUGAAAGAUUUAUGUUAAUCAAGAUGUUUCUGAAUCAUUGUUUAGAUUCUUACUGAUUAAUGAGAAAAACACGGCCAAAGAUCUUUUAGCA